UUCCGACGUCGUCCGGAAGUCGGGUUCUGAUCCGGUGAGUACCGGGCCAUUCGGCUCCUUUGCACCGCCAGGUUACCUGCGCUUUUUCUGGGGACACUCGGGCAUCGCCGCCGGCCUCCGACGAGGUGCACGACGGGGGUCCUGUCGUCCCUCGGCUCGUGUCUUUGCCGAACUUACCCGGCUGCGCAGGGGCCCGCGUGCCGCCCAUGGCGGGAGCCGCCCCGACCACGGCCUUUGGGCAGGCGGUCAUUGGCCCCCCCGGCUCGGGCAAGACCACGUACUGCCUGGGCAUGAGUGAGUUCCUGCGCGCACUGGGCAGGCGCGUGGCGGUGGUGAACCUGGACCCUGCCAACGAGGGGCUGCCGUACGAGUGCGCCGUGGACGUGGGAGAGCUGGUGGGCCUGGGCGACGUGAUGGACGCGCUGCGGCUGGGGCCCAACGGCGGCCUGCUCUACUGCAUGGAGUACCUGGAGGCCAACCUGGACUGGCUGCGCGCCAAGCUAGAUCCCCUCCGCGGCCACUACUUCCUGUUCGACUGCCCGGGCCAGGUGGAGCUCUGUACGCACCACGGCGCCCUGCGCAACAUCUUCUCCCAGAUGGCACAGUGGGACCUCAGGCUGACUGCUGUCCACCUGGUGGAUUCUCAUUACUGCACAGACCCGGCCAAGUUCAUUUCCGUACUGUGUACCUCUCUGGCCACCAUGCUGCAUGUGGAACUACCCCAUGUCAACGUCCUCUCCAAGAUGGACCUCAUCGAGCACUAUGGGAAGCUGGCCUUCAACCUAGACUACUACACAGAGGUCCUGGACCUCUCCUACCUUCUCGACCACCUGGCUUCUGACCCUUUCUUCCGCCACUACCGACAGCUCAAUGAGAAACUGGUGCAGCUCAUUGAAGACUAUAGUCUGGUCUCCUUCAUCCCUCUCAACAUUCAGGACAAGGAGAGUAUCCAGCGGGUCCUGCAGGCUGUGGAUAAAGCCAACGGCUACUGCUUCGGGAUCCAAGAACAGCGAAGCCUGGAGGCCAUGAUGUCUGCCGCCAUGGGUGCUGACUUCCAUUUCUCCUCUACCUUGGGCAUCCAGGAGAAGUACCUGGCACCCCCAGACCAGUCCGUGGAGCAGGAAGCCAUGCAGCUGUAGCAGCAAGCUGGGCUCUAGAGAAUGAGAGGCUUAACCCAGCAUUGGAGACAAUGGCAGUUCCCACUGACAGGACAGCCCAGCCAACUGCAGAUCCAAGAGCAGCCUUCCCAACUAGAGCACCCACCACCCCCUCCGUGGUCAAGAGCUCUGGAUGUGUGGCCAGGAAUUCAGCAUUGGCCCCACUUGGGCUAUGAAGGAAUAUGCUACAAAUACAAGAGUUUAUUUUCUACUUUUUGUGACUUCUAAACUUUCUUCAACCAUCUAGGCCCAGAGAGUUGAGGCAGAACAAAAGAAUGUUACUUUUCUCAGAAGAAUUCUGUUUGUUUAUACAGGGCAGUGUUUCCCCCCAAAGCACAGGAUUGUGCUAGAGGACUGACACCCAGUCUCCAGGUGCGCGACUUUGUUAAUUUUCGGUUUUAGUCUAGACUCAAGCUGGAGCUUUCACAGGCAACACUUCCUAGCAGAUCUUAUUUUCAUGGUAUUUAUUUUAUGGUUUUGUUCCUUUUUGGGAAGUGUUAACCAGUUUUCCAUUUAUACGAGUGAUUAAAAGUUUACUUUGAAAUUGUUUAUAAGAAGUGAGUUAUUUAAAGAAAAAUAUUAAGUACAUAACGUGACAUCCUGAGGAAUGUGGCAAACACUAAGGGCUUGAAGUUGGAAGAGUGGUGGUUACUUUUGCUCUUCUUGCAAGUGGUUGGAUGCAAUUCACGUUUUCAACCAAUAGGUGGCAUCCCAGGCCUUUUUAAUUUUAUUUAUUUAUUUAUUGCUUGCUUGCUUGCUUGCUUGCUUGCUUGCUUGCUUGCUUGCUUGCUUGCAGUCACAGCCUGGAGGCAGCAGGGGACAGAUGGCAGUUGUGCCAGAAGUCUUAUUUGCAGACAGUUGGUCCUGUUAACACACGGGAAGGGCUUGGCAUUUUACAAAGUGCUUCCACACACAUGGUUCUCAUGUGGCUCUCACAGCAACUCCUGGAGAUUUAGACAAAUCAGGAUAUUAUGAAGCCCCAUUUUACAGUGAGGAAACAGAUGAGUUUGAACUUUGGUCAACCAAUAAUUAUUCUCAUUGUUCGCUUUGCUGACUUCUUAAUUUUGAGUUCUUAAUGGUGAAAAGUCACAUCCCUUCUCCCACAGGAUCUAUAGCCAAUCAGGAGAAAGAAUUUAAACACCUAUAGAGUAUUACUGAAUCACAAAGGCAAGAUAGGUCACAGGUGGUUUGGGCAGUUGGAAGAAUUCCACUUAGGAAAAUCUGUUCACAAGUGGCAUUGAGAGGGGGAUGACUGAGCUUUGCUUCCCAAUUGGGGGAGUCAGAGCAGAAGGCAAAAGUAGGGGGGCUAUGAGGAGGCUCCUCCAACUGGAUAAGUAUGAAAGCAGCCAACCUCCACUCCCACGCCUGGCCCUAUAGGGGAUAAUAACCAGGUGCUGCUUCCCCAGCCUCUUUCAUCUGAGAAGUUCAAAGCACCACACCCCUAUUAGUACCCUACAGUAGGUGGGGAGUAUCAACAGAGCAAGCCAGGGAAACUGAGGCCAGGAGACACAGCCUAGGGAUGGCUGUGAGUCACUGGUGGGGCCUGAGCCCAAGAAUCCUGACGCCCAGGUCGCUGGACAAAUCCCUCAUCAGGUCGAGUGUGAGGGUGGGUGCUGUUUUUGAACAUAGUACCAAUAGCUUUGGUCUGGGUUUCUGAUGUUUACCCCAUCACCCUGGCUCUCACCAGAGCAAACCAGCUGGAAGGAAGGUGUCAUUUGAACUUGAUGACCUCAAAUCCAAGCACUGUCAGCAUGUAGUCUCUGCAGUCAUGGAGUGAGGAAAGAUGGAGGUCAUCCAAACCUUAAUUUUUCAGGCCUUGGUUUGACAAUAAGGGUGUUUUCUACUCCAGUAAAUGGAGCUCUGUUCACCUUCUACUGAUGGCAAAAUGAUUUUCUGUUCCCUUGCCAUGGUGGGGAGGGGACAGCACGAUGAAGAAAAGAAGAGACACCUAGGUCGAUCUGUUUGGCAUGAAACCUGUGGAGUAUGAAAAAGACCAUCCUCUGAUUUGACUGGCAUGCGGCAACCAUUCUUGAGAUUUUUUUUUCUUUCCUGAUAGAAAAGUAAAAAACUUGGGAAAUGAAAAUAGGUCACCUAUAAUCCUGUAACAUAUCAAUAAGCAAAAAUAUUUGUAAUCUACAAUAAAUUUUCUAUUCAAAUGUA